CGCUGUGACUGUUGUGGAAAGCAUAUAAACCUCCAUCCGAAACAGAAAUAUUGUUGUAAUCAAAGCUGAAUCUUUAAAAAGAAUCAGACGCUCUUAAAUCUUGAGAUUUGAAAAUAGAAUACUUGCACAGCAUCGUAAAAAAAGUCUUACUAUUUCCUUAUUUACUGCCAAAAAUUCAUGUUUGCCAAAGCACAAUGUAACUACUGUCAGGAGGAUGUGUCUGGAAUACGAGUCAAAUGUGCUGAGUGUACAGAUUUUGAAAUAUGUUUGCAGUGUUUUUCAGCUGGUGCGGAAAUAGGACAACACAAAAAUAAUCAUUCAUACCAGUUCAAGGAUUCUGGAGCCGUCGGAAUUCUUUUGGGCAAAAAUGGAUGGACAGCCAAAGAAGAGCAACACUUACUUGAUGCUAUUGAACAGUAUGGAUUUGGAAAUUGGGAAGAUAUAAGCCGACAUAUUGAAACAAGAACUCCUGAUGAAGCCCGGGAAGAGUACAUCAACCGCUAUCUGGAGGGAAACAUAGGAAAAGCAACUUGGAAUUCGGCUGCCAACUCCCGUCCUUUGUUAACUGAAAUCUCAAUUCCUGAUGAUGGUCCUUUAUCUCCUGAACAAAUAAAUAAAUUGCCACCUCUUGAUAUUACUCCAGAUGAGGCUGCCCAGCUUGGUUACAUGCCCUUGAGAGAUGACUUUGAAAAGGAAUUUGAUAAUGAUGCAGAAGCACUUGUGUCGCCUUUAUCUAUUCACCCAGUUGAAGAUGAUGAACUAGACAUUGCUCUGAAGCUAGCACAAGUUGACAUGUACACCAGACGUCUCAGGGAGAGAGCUAGGCGUAAGCGAGUUGGGCGAGAUUACCAACUUGUCGCCAAUUUCUUCCAGCCCACCACUCGCAAAGACCGCCCCGUAUUUAAGAAGAAAUUACCACGAGAUGAAAGAGAAUUUCAGGACCACAUGCGAGUUUUAACCCAAUUUCAUUCAUCUCAAGAACAUGAACAGUUUCUUGCUGGUGUACGUCGCCAAAGAGAACUGGAAGUUCGAAUCAAUGAACUAUUAAGGUACAGACGCCACGGUAUCACAACUGUUGAAGAAUGUCACCAUUUCGAACAGCUGCGUCAGGAAAUAAGAGAUAAGCGACGGAACUCGGACAGCUGCAAUGUGUCCCUCUCUCCUCUGUCAGCGCAGUCAAAAAGAAGAGAAAAAGGCGGCUCAUUCUCAAUCAUAAAAAAAUCAACAUCUAUGGGAAACGAUCGUUGCUUGUUCCCCGUGAGUCCAGAUAGUGGUACUGAGGGUGGCGGGGAGGCAGACAGUGAUGACACCCUAGCAGCAGAUACACCUCAAGAUGUUGCUGCCCUCCCUGGCUAUCCUUUACUCUCCAAAGAUGAAGCUCAGUUAUGUACCACACUUAAAAUCACACCUAAUCAAUAUUAUGGCGCCAAGUACUCUCUUCUUGAGAUGCAUGUUAACAAGGGUAGUAAAAAGGAAGAUGGACUAACUCUAUCUGAGGUUUGUACCUUAGAUGGAGAACCUUUAAAACAUAUUUUUAAUUACAUGGUUGAAAGUGGUUGGAUCAGUGCAGGCUAGUUUAUCUAAAUUUCUUUAUCUCUUAAGUAUAAUUAUUUCACUCCCAUUGCUUUUGUUUCUGAGAAAAACAAAUAUUUGUCCUAAACAUAUAAUAUUUAGUCAAAUAUUAUUUUAUAAUUGUGAUCAAGCUUUUUAGCACUGAUAUCAGGGUUAGAUCUGACAAUCAUUUAACCUCUAGAAGUUUUUUGCAUUAUGCUCAUAAUAAUGAUGUUCUAUUUUAGAGACGUCAAUAUGAUGAAAACUUCAGUGAGAUUACGAUUGUCAGUUUCAUAAACAAGUGCCCAUUUGUUUCUUAAAAAAUUUACAACUCCUAGGCAUCUUAUACCUUUUGUUAAAUUGUUAUUGGGUAGUUAGUACCCACUGAAUUUUGUUAUAAUCUUUUGGUGUAUAUUGCCAGUUAUGAAGGUCUAUAGGGAUCUGGGAAAGUUUUCUGGUUGCUUAAUCUUACGUGCAUUUUAGUAAAUUUCAGUACCUGAGCACUGCAAGUAUACCAUGUAACAACCUUAUGUACCCUUGUUGCGCCAUUCUUUGCACAGAGAUCUAUAUAACUAUUUAUAGUGUAAAUUUUAUAGAAAAUACAUCAACUUAGUCAUUUUUUUUAAUCCGUAUAUUUAAUGUUGUAUUCAAAGACUUUAGUUCCUUGGCAUUCCUCAGGAAGGAACUUUCAUUUUGAAAAAAAAAAAAUGAGAGAAAAAAAAUAAGAACUGAAAAAUAAAUCAACUUUUGUACCAAA